AUGUAUGAGUCCAAGGACUAUACUAUUGGCUGGAUUUGCGCCUUGGAAACCGAGUUCGUAGCCGCCCAGGAGUUCCUCGAUGAGGAGCAUGAAGUACCAGCACACCUCGCCCUCGCCGAUGAUAACUUUUAUAAACUCGGUAGAAUGGGAAAACAUAAUGUUGUCAUUGCCAUCUUGCCAGAUAGGGAGUAUGGCAAGUCCUCCGCAGCAGUCGUCGCAAACCACAUGCAACAUUCCUUCCCGAGCGUUAGGGUCGGCCUGAUGGUCGGUAUCGGCGGUGGUGCCCCCAGUAUAAAGAAUGACGUUAGGUUAGGCGACAUCGUUGUGAGCAGCCGACGGGACGGAAAAGGCGGAGUGGUACAGUACGAUUAUGGAAAGGCAGUCCAAGGUUGCGAGUUUGCCAUCACGGGGCAUUUGGACCAGUCGCCCGCGUCGUUGGCAAAAGCAGUAACCGCGAUAAAGGCUGAAUACGACAGGAAGGGCAACCGAAUUGCCCUUAAUGCCAAGGAAGCACUCAAUAAUAUUGAUAACAAAGACAAAUACCGCUGCCCGUCGGCCACGAGUGACCGGCUGUACCGCUCCUCCUUCACACACCCCCUGGACAAGCUCGGAGAAGAUUGCAGUCUGGUGUGCGGCGAUGAUGCAUCUAACCUGAUAGCUCGAGCCCAGCGCAAAAAAGGCGGCGGCGGCCUAGUAGUUCAUUACGGACUCAUCGCUUCUGCGGAUACCUUGAUGAGAGAUGCUAUUAUUCGGGAUAAGUGGGCGGCGAAAGAGAAUAUCCUCUGCUUUGAGAUGGAAGCCGCUGGCCUGAUGAAUCACUUUCCGUGCAUAGUUAUCCGAGGAAUAUGUGACUAUGCUGAUUCUCAUAAAAAUGAUCAGUGGCAGGGAUAUGCAGCCCUGGUAGCGGCGGCAUACGCGAAGGAUCUCAUCUCUUUUAUACAUCCCAAGCAGGUGCUCAACGAGCCGCCAAUCAAAGAGUGGGCUACAAAUUUUGUAUAUCGACUUCACGGCAAGAAGUUGGCCAACUAA